AUGAAGCUCUCCAAUCUCUCCAUCGCCGCCCUCUUCGCCAUCCUCGCCUCCACCGGGAUGGCUGCUCCCGCCGUCGACUCGCCCGACUCUAUUGUUGCCCGCGAGCCGGCUCCCGUGGAAGAAGCCUACGAGGCUCCAUCGGGCUUGGAAAAGCGCGGCUUUGGAUGCCCUGGCAACGAAAAGAAGUGCCACAAUCACUGCAAGAGCGUUAAGGGUUAUAAGGGGGGAUACUGCGAUGGUCCUUAUAUCCCCUUCGUUGGUCGCCCCAUGGCUCCCGCCUACCUGCUGUAUUUGCUUCACCUUAGCCUCUUCCGUCGAAAUGUCUUAGCCCCCAUUGGUGUCGACCCGAACCGUCUUGGCAAGGAUGAUCAUAGGCAUGCUAGCGCGUAG